AUGGGUGGAGCCGUCGGCGCUCGGGGGGUUCCUGGCCGCCCCUCCCCCCCUGCAGCACCUGCACCUCACCUGUCCCCGCCUGCGGCCCGUGCUGCCCGCCCUGGCCGCCGGGCUCUGUCCCCGGCUCCGGGUGCUGGAGCUGGAGCAGAGCCCGGGGGGUCCCCGGCCCCCCCCCUCCCGCUGCCCCUGGAGCGGCUGCAGGCGGCCCUGCCCCUGCUCCAGGUGCUCCGGCUGGGCGGGGCCGUGUGGGAGCCCCAGCGCUGCCCCUCCCCCCUCACCUGUGCCGCCCCUCCCCCCUCGUUCCCGCGGCUCCUCCACCUGGGGCUGGGGGAGGGGCUGGGGGUGGGGCAGGGGGUGGGGGAGGGGCUCCUGCGGCGCCUCCUGCGCGGGACCCCCGGCCUGAGGGGGCUGGAGGUGAGGGGCGGCCAGGUGAGCCCCCGGGGGCUGCUGGAGCUGCCCUGCACAGCCCUGGAGCGGCUGUCGCUGCCGGUGUCCCCGGGCUGUCCCUCGCUGUCCCCGCGCUCGGGGGCCGUGUCCUGGCGGGAGGUGACACGCCGCUGGCACCGGACGCUGCUGGAGCUGGACCUGAGCGGGCGCCGCGACCCCGACCUGGGGGCGGCCCUGGCCCAGUUCGGGCCCCGCGACCCCCUGAGAGUCCUCAGGCUGGCCGGGACCCCCGUGACAGCCCGCGAGCUCAGCCCGCUGCUGGCCUGUCCCCACCUGUCGCACCUGGACGUGUCGUCGUGUCGCCGCCUCCCCCGCGGCACCAAGCGGCCGCACCUGGGCCGGGGGGCGGUGCUGGGGCUGCUGCGGGGGCUGGCGGGGGGGGGGCGGCACCCAGGGGACCCCCCCGGGGCUGGGGACACCCCCCGAGAGGGGGACACCCCCCGAGGGGACACCCCCCGAGAUGGGGACACCCCCCGAGGUGACACCCCCAGAGGUGGGGACACCACCGGGGCUGGGGACCCUCCCCAAGGUGACACCCCCAGAGGUGGGGACACCCCCCGAGGUGACACCCCCCAAUGUGACACCCCCCAAAGUGACAACCCCCGAGCUGGGGACACCCCCCAAGGUGACACCCCCAGAGGUGGGCACACCCCCCGAGGUGACACCCCCCAAUGUGACACCCCCCAAAGUGACACCCCCCGAGCUGGGGACACCUCCAGAAGUGGGGACACGCCCCAAGGUGACAUCCCCAGGACAGGUGACACCCCCUGAGGUGACAUCCCCCGAGGUGACACCCCCAGAACAGAGACCCCACCCAGAACAGGUGACACCCUCAGGACAGGUGACACCCCCCGGUGUGACACCUCCCAAGGUGACACCCCCAGACCAGGUGACACCCCCCAGUGUGACCCCCCCCAAGGUGACACCCCCCGGUGUGACACCCCCCGAGGUGACACCCCCAGAACAGAGACCCCACCCAGGACAGGUGACACCCCCAGGACAGGUGACACCCCCUGAGGUGACACCCCCAGACCAGGUGACACCACCCGGUGUGACACCCCCAGACCAGGUGACCCCCCCAGACCAGGUGACACCCCCAGACCAGGUGACACCCCCUGAGGUGACACCCCCCGAGGUGGCACCCCCAGACCAGGUGACACCCCCAGGACAGGUGACACCCCCCAGUGUGACACCCCCCGGUGUGACACCCCCCAAGGUGGCACCCCCAGGACAGGUGACCCCCCCCCAAGGUGACACCCCCGGCUCAGAGGCCCCCCCAAAAGAGGAAACCCCCCCGGGGUGACCCCCCCCAUGAGGAGACCCCUCCCACAAAGAGGAGACCCCCCCCAAAUCUGAGAGACC